AUGGAUGCCGCAGCAGAGAGUUCCGCACGCCAACGGACGGCCCUCGUGAUCGGCGCCGGCGUCGGAGGUGUGGCGACCGCAGCUCGUCUUGCUUCGGCUGGCUACGCUGUGACCUGCCUCGAGCAGAACUCGUUCACGGGGGGACGAUGCUCGCUCAUGUACACCGACGAUGGUCAUCGGUUCGACCAGGGCCCAUCAUUGUUGCUGCUCCCCAAGAUGUUUGAGGAGACGUUCUUCGACCUCGGCACGACGAUGGAGCGAGAAGGGAUCGAGCUCGUCAAGUGCAACCCCAACUACAAGGUCCACUUUGGCGACGGCGAGAGCUUCACGCUCAGCUCCGACUUGGUGCAGAUGAAGACAGAGAUCGAACGAUUCGAAGGUGAAACGGGGUUCCAAGGGUGAGUAUCUAUCUGCCGAGCUGGAUAUGACGUUCAAGCAUCGCCCCGUGAGCUUGCUCCCAUCCGUGCGGAGACGGCCUCGCGCGAGAUGCUCGUGAAAGAUACCACGCGUAAAGUGAAAUUACUCGGCUGACUACAAUGGUAUUACUUUCCGUGGAGAUCACAGGUUUCUCCAAUUCAUGUUAGAGGGCCACCGACACUACGAACUGUCGGUUGAGCACGUACUGCAUAAAGUGGGUGCUGCGACAGCAUCCACUUUCGAUCGUCGGAUCCCCCCCACAUGGGUGGGCCGCUCAGCUCCAGUUGCCGAUGCUGAGAUCUCGUGCCCGUACGAUCCGUGCAGAACUUCACGUCACUCUUCUCGAUGCUGCGUCCUUCGUUCCUCAAGAAUCUUCUCAUUCUCCAUCCCUUCGAGUCGAUAGUGAGUUGUUGAACAAAGGAUUGAUGUGACGAUGCGGUCACCGUGAGUGGUGCUGACCAUGCUGGGCAACAACUGCACGGGGCUCCUCGUCUAGUACUCCAGAGCUUCCCGCUACUUCAAGACGGAUCGCCUGCGACGUGUAUUCACGUUCGCCUCCAUGUACAUGGUGAGUCGUUCGCGUGGUUCUAAGAAUGCAAACUCUGGCACCAAGCUGAAGCCCUUUUAUGAUGGCUUGACCAGGGCAUGUCACCUUACGAUUCGCUCGGCACGUACUCGCUGUUACAAUACACGGAGAUGACGGAGGGCAUUUGGUAUCCGAUGGGAGGCUUCCACAAAGUGAUCGAAGCAGUCCAAACGAUUGCUGAGCGGAAAGGUGCAGUUUUCCGGUUGUCGACUCGCGUCUCUAGAGUGUUGCUCGAUCCGCACAAUGCCAAAAAGGCAACCGGGGUCGUGCUGGAGUCCGGCGAGGAGCUCAAGGCGGACGUGGUCGUCAUCAACUCCGAUCUCAUCUGGGCGCUCAAUAACCUCUUUGAGCCAACCUCGUACGCCAAACGACUGGCUAAAAAGCCAGUGAGCUGCUCAUCUAUCUCAUUCUACUGGUCGAUGGACCGAAAGGUACCGGAGCUGGGCAGUCACAACAUCUUCCUCGCCGACGAAUACAAGGAGUCUUUUGAUUCCAUCUUCCGCGACCACCGAAUCCCUCGUGACCCUUCUUUCUACGUCAACGUCCCGAGUCGAAGCGAUCCCUCUGCUGCACCUUCGGACCGCGACUCGGUCAUCAUUCUCGUCCCGGUCGGCCACAUCAGCGACUCCUUGCCUGCUGCUGCGGACUGGGACAAGAUCGUCGAGUCGGCGCGCACUUUGAUCAUUUCCACGAUUGCCAAACGCAUCAGCGUCCCCGAUUUUGGUUCCUACAUCAAGUCAGAGAUCGUCAACACCCCCGUCACGUGGCGCGACAAAUUCAAUCUGCACCGCGGCUCGAUUCUCGGUCUGUCGCACAGCUUCUUCAACGUACUUUGCUUCCGUCCUGCGACGCGCCAUCCCUCUGUCGACCGAGCAUACUUUGUCGGAGCCUCGGCGCAUCCAGGCACGGGUGUUCCGAUCUGCUUGGCUGGUGCAAGGAUCACGACCGAGCAGAUCCUCAAAGACGACCGUGUUGAGGUGCCCUGGAGCAAACAGCCGUCCGCGAUCGCGCAACCGGCAUGGGCGAAGCAUGGGGUCGUCAAAACCUUAGACAAGCGCAGCCGAGUCAACAUCGAGAACCUGUUGUACUGGUUCGUCGGUAUCUCGAUGAUUAUAAUUGCUCAGUUGAUAUGGAUUUCGUCGACGCCGAGCCUGAGAGCGAUCGCAUAG